AUGGCAAUCUAUACGGCUUUGAUAUUAUUCCUUUGUGUCGUUUUAUGUCAAUGCCAGUAUAAUUAUGUGAAGUAUGGCAGAGCUGACAAUGGUCCCUUUCCGUCUAGUUUAAAGAACAUGCCAUACUAUUGCUAUCAAGUGCCAUCGAAAGGGCCCUGCGAGGGCAUGUUUUAUGUGUGGUUCUUUGACGUAGUGAGAAGAAAGUGUAUGCCGAUGAUGUAUUCAGGGUGCGGAGGUAAUGAGAAUAGAUUUACAUCGCAAGCCUCAUGUUACAUACACUGUGAAAAGGCUAGACGGAUUUGA